UAUUUCAAUUAAUAAAAAAUGGGAUAUAAUUCCAACCGUUCCAAAUCAUAUAUUAAUGUCCAAGUCUCACACAAAUGUUAGCAUUUCUGGAUAUUUCUCUUCAACUUCUAAUGGGCAAACCGGAGAGGAAAGUCCGAGAGAGAAUAAACUCUUCGUCUUCUUACUUUCUUCGCUGUUUCGGGGUUUCUCGGAAAAUUCACUCAGACAAACCAAUAGUAGAUGCUGGUCAAGAGACGCAGAAGACGAAGAAGAAGACGAGAACUCGUUGGUUUUCGCGGCCAACAAAAUUUCGUUUGAAGGAGGAGAUCACACCGGCGCCGAUUUAUAAGUCGGAGAAACAAAACUCGACUGAUGAAGAUGAUAAGCAAAAUCUGUUUCGGGUGAUACGUCAUGUGACCGAUCGGAAAAAUGUUGCGACUAGUGGUUAUAAGGCCGUUGAUAAUGAAAGUAACGAGAAAGACACGAACGAACGAAGAGACAUAAAUCCGGAUCCAUUGAGUUUCUUAGGGUAUGAUGACACGUUUCACGAACGGGUAUCAACAGACGGGAAACUUGACCCGACUAAUAUCGUCGGGUCGGGAUCCAAGCCGAAGGAAAUAAGGGAGAAGUCGUCGUCAAGGGUCAGAAAAGGGUCCCGGGUGGCUAAGCUUGACCCGGUAAUUGGGAUAUCAAUCAUAAUGUUAACGCUAAUGAUAAUGUUGACGUGGGGACGUUUGUGUGCGAUACUUUGUACAUCCACUUGGUGCUACAUUCUCCCUCGUCUCAAAGAAGCUGCCACUGCGGUUGCGGUGGCCAAACGCAAACGCAGUGGUAGCGGUAAAGGUGAAGAGGGGUUGUUUCCAGGUGAUCUGGAUUUGAACUCCGAGGCUUACAAGAAGAAAGUCGUUAUGGAAGGAUUUCUUGUUCGGCAACACCGCGUUUCGCUGUGACAACGUUUCAAUUGUUUUCUAUUAUUUUAAUUUUUUUUCCUCAAAUUUUAAAGGUGUAAAUUUCUGUUUACUUGUUGAUUUUGUCUGGUCGUAACUUCCAUUUUUUUGACAUUGCGAAAAUGUGUAUGAAAACUAUAAAUACUAAUCACGAUU